GGCGAGAGCGCGCCAGCCCCGCCGUGAUGCCCGCGCGCCCCGGACGCGUCCUCCCGCCGCUGGCCCUGGCCGCGCUGCCGCUGCUCCUGCUGCUGGGCGAUGGCGGCGGGCGCGGGCCCGGGGGCGCCUGGGCCCAGGGCGCGGCGGCGGCGGCGGCGGGGGGGGAGGACGGGCGCCGCGCGGAGGCGGACGCGGGCGCGGGCGGGGGCGGGGGCGGCCAGGACCCGCACGCCAGGCACCUGUACACGGCCGACAUGUUCACGCACGGGAUCCGGAGCGCCGCGCACUUCGUCAUGUUCUUCGCGCCCUGGUGUGGACACUGCCAGCGGCUGCAGCCUACCUGGAACGAGCUGGGAGACAAGUACAACAGCAUGGAGGACGCCAAGGUCUACGUGGCCAAGGUGGACUGCACGGCUGACUCAGACGUGUGCUCCGAGCAGGGCGUGCGAGGAUACCCCACCUUGAAGUUUUUCAAACCUGGCCAGGAAGCUGUGAAGUACCAGGGGCCUCGGGAUUUCCAGGCACUGGAGAACUGGAUGCUGCAGACGCUGAAUGAGGAGCCUGCGACACCAGAGCCAGCAGCAGAACCGCCCAGAGCCCCUGAGCGCAAGCAGGGCCUGUACGAGCUCUCAGCGAGCAACUUUGAGCUGCACGUGGCGCAAGGCGACCACUUUAUCAAGUUCUUCGCUCCGUGGUGUGGUCACUGCAAAGCUCUGGCUCCAGCCUGGGAGCAGCUGGCUCUGGGCCUUGAACAUUCUGAAACUGUCAAGAUUGGCAAGGUUGACUGUACGCAGCACUAUGAACUCUGUUCGGGGAACCAGGUCCGCGGCUACCCUGCUCUCCUGUGGUUCCGAGACGGACAGAAGAUCGACCAGUACAAGGGGAAGCGGGAUUUGGAGUCCCUGAGAGAGUACGUGGAGUCACAGCUGCGGAGCGCCGAGCGCGAGGCCCCAGAGACCGUCCAGCCGUCGGAGGCCCCGGUGGCAGCUGCUGAGCCCGUGGCGCAGGGCACGGUGUUGGCGCUCACGGAGAAGAACUUCGAGGACACCAUUGCAGAAGGAUUAACCUUCAUCAAGUUUUAUGCUCCGUGGUGCGGUCAUUGUAAGAAUCUAGCUCCCACGUGGGAGGAACUCUCUAGAAAGGAAUUCCCUGGUUUGGCAGAGGUCAAGAUCGCGGAGGUGGACUGUACUGCUGAACGGAGCAUCUGCAGCAAGUACUCGGUACGAGGCUACCCCACAUUGUUGCUUUUCCGCGGAGGACAGAAAGUCAGCGAGCACAAUGGAAGCAGAGACCUGGACUCCCUGCACCAGUUUGUCCUACGACAGGCCAGAGAUGAGCUGUAAAACCCGCGCCCGGGCCGUCGGAGCGGAACCGCACGGGUGCCGUGGAGGCUCUCCUGGUGGCUUUUCAGAGAGCUGAAUGUACUAAACUUGUGGUAUCCUC